AUGUUCAAAGGGUGUGUGGCAAGAAAGGUGGCGCCAAGCUUAUACAUGGUUCGUAGCUACCUGGUGACUUGCAAAAGGAAGCAGCAGUCGUGGUUGUUGCAUAGAAGGUUGUGCACAUUAAAUAAUAAUUACUUCUUUUUAGAAUGGGAACUGCUUUUUUUAACUAAUGAGGUCGUAAAGUGGAAGGAAAUGAUCGGUUUUUUGGAGAGCCAGUUGUCAUGCAUAAAAUGCUACAUCGAGAUAGAGAAGCCAAGCUACGGGCAAAACUUCCAGCGUCUGAUAGAUGAUUACAAUGAGCAACUGAACGAAAAUAAUGUUGUUAUUUCCAUUCUGAAGAAUAGACCGCGGGUUUCUCCAUUCCCCGUAUAUCUUUACGAUGAAGUAUAUUCACGUACCAAACUUGCCAUCGCGGAGUUGGACUCGUUGAUAAUAAUCUCUUUUAUUUCCUUGGUGUUUUUAUGGGUAUCGAUAGAAAUCUAA